CCCAUCGGAGCAGUAAUGCUGGUCUGUUUUCAUAAUUAUUGCACCUCUCUUUUUCCAGGAGUCGUUCAUAAUCAUUCUGCUGUUCACUGCUGAUUCAAUUAAAACAGCAAAACCAAACUCCAGUAUUUAGAAACUAUCGAAUUUGUCAUUAUGAAAUAUAAAUGAGUCUGUGGCCUUUUUCUGUGUUUCACACUUCAAUAAUCUAAUUUUGAGGAUAUUAUGGGCAUGCAUAAGAAUGGGAUUUACCUUUGAAAUCGGGAAAUAUUUACUGGACCUUUUACAAGAAUGGAUCUACAUCCGUCUCUCUGUUUUGUUGGAAUAUACCUGACGUUUCUAGGAAUUCCCUAUUCUUUUGUCCAUCCAGCCACCAUAACGGUAAAUGUCGGAUUCAUCUUAGACUCCCGGGUUCCCGUAGACCUCGACAGUGGCAUAAAGACGGCCCUAAAAAUCUCCAACGCUAGCGGCAGCGACUGUGAAAACGGAAUUACCAAUUGUUCCAAGAAAAUCUUCCUGUUUGACACUAUCGUUCGAACUAACAUAAGCGACAACUACAAUGUCAGUCAAGUGGUAUGUAAACAACUAAAAGAAACCAUAGCCGUAGUCACCAUGGCGACAAAACAAACCAUGGAGGUCAUUAACAGCUUUGGUCCGACUCUGGAUUUACCAUUUAUAGUAUCAACUGGUCCUCGUGUUCAUCGCCAAGACAACAGCUCCACCAUUUUCAUGACACCGUCUUAUAUCCCGGCUAUUGUGGACUAUAUCAUAUUCAAUGAUUGGAAAAGAGUUUACUUCAUAUAUGAUAGCAAUGAAGGUUUGAUGAGGAUGGAAGAAUUAGCCAUGCUUUACUGGAAACAUUUCGGGAGUUUCCGGUUGUCGUACCACCGGAUGUCGGACGCCGACCACCUCGUGUACUCGGAUCUUUACCACAUGGACCGCAGAGACGCCACCGUCCGACAGAAAGUUUUCAUCCUGGAUUUUGGGACGAAAUCUGCAACAACACGUGUAAUGAAAAUGAUGAUUGAUUCUGGAAUGAACAGAAACGGUUAUCAUAUCAUCAUUGGUGGUUUUAAUAUUGGGGAAUACGAAGAAUUUUUAAAUGAAAAAUUUUUGCACGGUGGAGUUAAUAUAACUGGAUUCAAAUUCCUGACAAAAAAGCAUUGGGAUGUUGCUGUCACCAAAGAACUUAAAAAAAAGAACACUGUUGAACAGAAUUACACUAUGUCGAUAGAAGCGGCUCUUUUUAUGGAUGGCGUGGCUCUUCUUUCCCACGCCCUCCACAGUAUCGAGAACAGCCUGAGGCCCCGGCAAGGAAUCAUCAGGAGGUGUCGGUACUGUCACGACAACCUAUGCACGGACGCAACAGGGCACCUGCUGCUCAAAACGCUUAAACAAAUGAAAUUUGAAGGAAUCUCUGGGGAAAUUGCAUUUGACGACAAAGGAUACAGAAAAGAUUAUGGCCUAAGAUUGUUUAAAUUUGGUUUCCGGUCACCUUUGAAAGAGAUUGGAAAUUGGACAUCGGCGUCAGGUAUACAGUUGCAGAGAAACAACGAAACGGAAACGACUAACUCAGAUAAUGGGCCCCUUAUCAUUGUAACAAUCGAAGAGGAUCCGUUUUUUAAAAUGACGCCCAACGGCACAGCGGAAGGAUACAUCGUAGACUUGAUUAAACUUCUGAAUCAGUCCAAUGUUUUCAGACGGCCGUUUAAGAUAUAUCCACAGGAGAAUAAAACCUACGGUAACAUGAUCAGGAAACUUGUGGAUGACGAGGCAGAUCUGGCUAUUGCUCCAAUUACAAUAACAAAGGAACGCCAGAAGAUUGUAGAUUUUACCAAGCCUUUCAUGAGAACAGGGCUGAGCCUAAUGAUCUACAAACCAGACAAAAGAAAACCCGGAAUGUUCUCCUUUAAAGAACCCCUUCACAAAAACGUUUGGUUGUGUAUUGCUAUCGGUUUUCUGACGACGAGUGUUAUUCUGUUUCUGAUUGGUCGGUUUAGUCCAUUUGAGUGGUCCCAGAACUCCGAAGAAGGUCCAUCAAGCGAGUUUAGCAUGUCCAAUUCCCUGUGGAGUACGCUGGGUGCCCUGAUGCAGCAAGGGUCGGACAUAUCACCAAGGUCUUUCUCUGGGAGGUGCGCGGAGAGUGCAUGGUGGUUCUUCACGCUCAUUCUGGUGGCGUCCUACACCGCCAACCUGGCGGCGUUCCUCACAGUGGAAAGCAUGGAUUUCAAAAUAAGAAACGUUGAUGACCUUGUAUCUCAAACCAAGGUCAAAUACGGCACCGUACAAGGCGGGUCGUCCGAGGAUUUCUUCAGGAAAUCGAAGGUGACGACAUACGAGCAGAUGUGGAGCGUAAUGCCCCCUUACCUGAUGGAGAGCAAUGAGAAAGGCUACCAGAAAGUAAUAGAGGAAAAGGGAAAGUAUGCCUUCAUCCUUGAGGGGGUGUUUAAUGAAUAUCUCAGUCAACAGAAACCUUGUAAAACUAUGCCAACCGGAGGACUCAUAAAUAACAUCGACUAUGGUAUAGCUAUCAACAGAAAGAGAAGGGAGGAACUUGGAAAGAGGUUGAAUUUAGAAGUGCUAAGGCUUCGGGAGCUGGGAGAGCUGCUGCGCCUGGAGACCAGGUGGUGGGUGGAGAAGGGCCGGUGUGGCGCAGCAACGGCACAGGAUGGAGGGAAGAAAAGGUCGCUUACCCUCAGUAACGUAUCAGGGAUGUUCCACAUCCUGAUUGGUGGACUGAUAAUCGCAAUGAUGACGUCAGUAUUUGAAUAUCUUAUUCAAAAAAGAAUCCGGAAGCAAAGCUACAAGCUCAAAAAGGCAAAAACUUUACUUGGUGAACUUGGAAAGAAGUUGAAUGGUAAAAAGGAACCACAAGCAGUGGAAAACAUAUAUUCUGGGGAAGAGACGCCACUUCGCCCAAACCUGUUAGCUGGAGCUCAAGAGAACAAAGGGUAUCAGACGACAUCACCAGCAAAACUGAUCAUGCUAGAUUCUUACCAAAGUGACCAGUCUGCGACAGGAACGGCCAUUUAAGUUCAACGUGAACCUCGUGAUGUUAACUCUACAGAAUCAAGGAAACGAUGCGAUAUGUGGAAACUCCAGCAGGCGUUAACGUCGAUUCUCUGUGACAUUGUCCGCCAAUGAGGACACGCGCGGGCAGCUUCUGACGUCAGACAAUUAAACCACUGACAGUGUGUCUUUCAAGAAUUAAUAUGUGCACCACGUAAUCUUUUUCAAUUAAUACUUCUGUCCAACGCGUUUUGCUCAUGUAAUUUUUUCUGUCAAAUCUGCAAUCUUCCUGUACAAUAUGCACAUUGUAUUUGCUGUUAUUUUGUUGCUAUUUACCUGUUUUGUCGUAAUAUUGUCGUUGUUAACGAAUUCGACAAGUUGGAAGAUAACCACAGCAGUUCAAGUUAUUCUGAAGUACAACAUAAAAAAUCCAGGUAACCACACAAAUGAUCAUAAAAAAAUGGAGUGUAAAAUAUAAUGUAGUCAUCAAUUAACGGCAAUUAUAAAAUUAAACUUGUCAAGACGGAGAAGAUCCCAUAUUGUGUACAAUUUUAGUAGUCUGUUUUACCAUUAAUCCUGAUAUAUACGACUAAUUAUUUUAUUAUUAAGGAAAUAAAUUUAUUAAUUUAUUCAUGGUUAACUUGUAUGGUGUAAAUAUAUUUAAUUAUGAAAUCACCAAAAUUACAAGCAUCGAAAGAAAUUACAAUGUAUAGCUUGAUGUCUACAAACUGUGCGAGCCUCAACCAGAAAAAAUAAAGAUAGGUACAAUGACAACACCCUAAAAACGAUAUCCACGUCUGCAUCAAACUUAUGAAACUGAUGCUUAUACUUUGUAUACCUUACGAUGGUGGUACAUUUUGGAUGUGAUAGGUUAAGUAACGAGCACAAGAUCAAAUGCAAAAUACUUUACUUUAUUGUGUAUAUAUAUACAUAUUUAUGAAUAUUCAAUACAUGUUGUUACAUUUUCUACUUCUGUAUAGUAUUUUAUUGUGCAUAAAUGUACAUUUUUUGUAUCGAUCACUUUAUUUAAUACUUGUUUGUAAAAAAAAAAUUGCCUUAGUUAAUACAGAAAUCAUCGGUCUAUUUAAAUUACUAUUAUCUUUGUCUACAAGUUAGAUAAUCAGUAUAGGUAAAUGAACAAAUAUUUAGUAAUUAAUCAAUUAAAGCAUAUGAAUUUGAUAUAUCUAAUAUACCGGUAUAUGGUCAUAAUUUGUUAAUAAUUUACAACAAUAUAAGAAGAGAAAUCAGCCAAACUAAAUAUAAUACAUGUACUGAAACUUUUUAAGCUGGUUUUAAUGUAUUUUUGAAAACCACAAAACAAUGAUAACACCAUGACUUAUAAUUAUAAUGACUCCUACCAACAUAUAUUCAUGCAUUCACAUUCCACGCUUUAUCAAGUCUUAAAACUCUUCAGACUUGUAUGGAUAUGCCAGGUAGAAUAACUGUAUGUCGAUCUAUCCACUUUCUGUAUCACUAUGUUGAACAAUAUGUUAUAACAUGCCUUUAACAUAAAACUAAUAAUAAACAUUGUCUUCACAAGAUGUGGACCUUCAAAUUUCUCAUU